AAAUUUAAUUUAUACAAUAUUAUAGACAUGAGUGAACAAUUGUUUUUAUUUAUGGCAAAGUAUGGAUCAGUUAGAAAUGCAGUAUUAUAUAUUUUAUGAAUAAACAUUUGUAUAUGUUUAUAAUUUAAUAAAUAUUAAAUCAAUUAUUUAUUUUAAUUACAUAUAUGUAGCAUUCUGUAGUUGAUUAAUUUAAUUAAAUUCUUACGACUUAAGAUUUAUUGCAUAUAUUGAAAAUGGAUCUGCAUAAGCUCCUCACACAGAAUGCGAAAACGUUUGUCGUGUGAUUGGUUAGGCCGGAUCUACAAUAGGUGUAGUAAGCCUUAAGCCAUAAGGAAUUAACCAAUUAUAUUUGAUUAUUCUUCUCAUAUUCAAUUAUAAUUGGUCAAUUUCUUAUGACAUAAGGCUUACUACCCUAUUGUAGAUCCGGCCUUACGUUCAGAAAACACAAGUAAUCAGUGAGCGGUUAGUGAUUAUGGUAUCUUUACUGUUAGAUCUAAAUUUAGACCAAUUAUAUUAGCGAAUUAUUCAACUGUUGUGCAACGGUUGUGUUUUCUGAAUGUAGCAUUGUAGAAAGCAGAAUAUGAUAGCCAAUCAUUGUUUUGUUUUUAUGGUAAAACUAUAAUUUUAUUGGCUAUCACUGUUCUCUGCCGCGCUAAGAAACUUCCGCGACGCGUUGUGUACAAAAACCAACAUGUCGUAGCCGUAAGUCACGCACAAGGAUCGACAUAAACGUAUGCCGUAUCAAUUUAUUGCGUCAAAACUUUUGUAAUUAGAACGGUUACUUUGCUGAGAGGAGGAUUCAUAUUUUAUGCUUUCAGUGAUAUUAAAAGUUAUAGAAGUAAUAAAACAUGGGAGAUCAUCAUUAUACAUCCUUAACUGAUACGUACGACUCAGAUCCAGUUGUAUAUUUUGAAAAUAUGGAGUGUUCACCUGAAAUUAUUGUUGAAGAAAAAGAGGGUGACGAUGUACUCAUAGAAUUGUAUAAGGAACGAAAAUUUUUAUAUGAUAACAGUCAUCAAGAUUUUAAAAAUAAACAAAAAAAAGAAAAUGCUUGGCUCGAAAUUUCUAAUAUUAUGCAACAGAAAGACAUGGGUAAGUACUACACACCUGAAUAUUGUCAAACAAGAUGCACUUCUCUAAGAGAUCAGUACACCCGUGAAAAAAGAAACAUGAACGAUGAUUACAAAAGUACAAAUACUUCAAGACGCAAAGCAUUUGCAUUAUGUAAUCAAUUAUCUUUUCUUGACAAUUUUAUUAAAAGGAGAAGAACUUGCCGCUAUCUUCAAAGAACAAAAAACAUAAAAAAUAAAAAAAUGGUAAUACAUAAAAAGAAAAGUAAUAAUGAGUCUACUGAUGGAUUGAAGUGUACACAACAAAAUGUUAUUAAAAUAGCUCCGAAAAGACAUAGUGCAUGUCAAGAUAAAUCUCAAGAUAUGGAAAAUGAUGAACAAAAUCAUGAUAAAUGUAAUGAGGAAAUAAACACUUCAAGAUUAAAAAGACAUAAAACAGAUAUAAACGAAUCACAAAGUAUUGAUAAUAAGUCCACAAAUAGUGCUAAUAUGAAUUCUCUCGAAAGCACGAAAGAAAAUUCUACAAAUAAUACAAAAACAAUUGAUCAGUCAUUUGUCAACUAUAUUUGCGUACAUUUAGAAAAUAUUCCAGAACCUGAAAAAUCUACAAGAAAAAAGAUGAUAAUUGAUGCCCUUACAGCACCACUACCUAAAACCUGUACCUUUUUAAAACGUUGCACAUGUGAAACGCUGAUGAUAAAGUUAUUUCAUCAUUUGACUGCUAUACAUCAGUAAUUAUAUUAUUAAAAAGUGCUAGGAUUUUUGAUUCAAAACAGAUUAAAUGAUAUAUGCCAGAGAUGAUUCUUCUAAAUAAACUACUGUAUAUUUACACAAGAUCGUAAAUGCAAGUUUAUGCAAGCGAACGCAUUUAAUUUGUAAUAAAUAUAACAUUUUUAUUAUAUAAA